ACAAAGUGGGACAUCUAAAGCAUGAAGGAAUGCAGGACCGAGGCCUUCAGCCAUUGUGUCCUCUUACAAUAUGUGGCUUCCUUUAGAUGCCACAAACAAGCAGGAGAACAUACGUUAAUGCUGAACAGCAGGCAGUGAGGCAGCGGGCCCAUUUCCUCUGGAGAUGUGGAGAAGAAAGAGAGGCAGAGAGGGAAGGAGGGGGAGAGGCCAGAACAAACUCCAGCCUCACUCACACUCUCGUUCAGUCCUGACUCUUGGACUGCAACCCUCCUCAUCUGUUUGCCACUGGAGCCCCUCCAACAACACAACUAUCUCUUCUCUCCUCAUCCUUCGAAGCUGAGCUGUACUUCAUCAGGCUGCUCUGAAGCAAGCUGUGAACAACAACACGUUCUGCUGGAGCCAAACAUCAAACUCUUCUGAAGAGGUGCUGGGACACCUGCAGAGGACAGAGACGUCCAUCAGAGCCCUGUAGCUCAGGAGGAUCUUGUACCUGCAGGUCAAAAGGUCAGAGGUCAGCAGGUGAAAUAAAAGGUCUGGGCUGAUUUCUACUUGGUCAUGGCAGACUGGAGCCUUCUGGGAAACUUUCUGGAGGAAGUUCAGGAGCACUCUACCUCUGUUGGCAAAGUGCUGCAGAUUGUGUUUGUGUCCACUCCAAGCCUGAUCUACAUGGGCCACGCCAUGCACACCGUCCGCAGAGAGGAGAGGAGGAGGAGCAGGGAGGAAGACGAUGGAGACGGGGGAGGGAAAGAGGAAGACCCUGGGGGAGGCGAAGAAGGAGGAGACAAGUCGGGGAGGAAUGGAGAGAAGGAUGAAGGAAAGGAGAAAGGUCCGUUAGCAGGUCGGGUUCGGCUCAGAGGAGCGCUGCUGAAGACGUACAUACUGAGUAUAGUGAUUCGUACCGUCAUGGAGGUGGUGUUUCUGUGCCUGCAGUACUUCCUGUAUGGAAUCUUCCUCCACCCUCUGUAUGUCUGCAGGGCCUGGCCAUGUCCACAUCCUGUCAACUGUUACGUGUCCAGACCUACAGAGAAGAACGUCUUCAUCGUCUUCAUGCUGGCCGUGUCGGCCGUCUCUCUGGUGCUGAGUGUGCUGGAGCUGCAUCACCUGGCCUGGAGACACUGCUGCAGACGUCUCUUCUUCUCUUCAAAGACCAGACCUCCUGCCAGCGCCUCCACGGUCCGGCAGCUGUCUGCUCCUCGACCAUCCACCCCCCCUCCGGACUUCAACCACUGCGUGACGGGCUCCUCGCACUUCCUCCCGUUCCCAAACCACCAGCUGGCCAGCCAGCAGAACUCUGAGAACAUGGUGACGGAGAAGAACAAGAUGGCUGCUGCAGUGGAGGAGGCCAACUUCCUGCAGAUGAGCUGCUACUCAUCCUCCUGGCAGACCUCCAGAGACGGUCCGACUGAAGACGGGGCCUACCUGACCUCUGGCUCCAACUGCUACAGCCCGGAGAGCAGGGACAUGAUCUGCAUGCAGACCCAGAACGCUGGCCCCGACGGGCUGCUGAAGGACAAGAGAAGGUUCAGUAAGACCAGCGGGACCAGCAGCCGAACACGAGCAGACGAUCUGUCGGUUUAAAGCCUGACUUACUGAACCCCAGAAACUGGACUGGAUAAGAGUUCUCAUGAGUUCACUUCAUGUUGGAGGAGAAACCAAGUAAAGAUCUGCAGGUUUUAGAUCCCUGCACCACACAUCUGCUGAUGUCUGACUUUUACACACAAACACGUUUGAUUGUUUAGUAAAAUAUCCAGUUUUAUCACUGAUUUCUGUAACUGUUUUAAGUGCCAGUCCUGGACACAGACCCCUCCUGGCUGCUUCAGUUGAAGCCCACCCACCACUGGCUUUUUGGCUCAAUAAUAUGAUGAAGUGAUGAUUUACUGGAUGUCCACACAGAAACUGUGCUUCAGAACCCCUAAACUCAACAAGUCAGACCUGACAAUCAGGACCAGGACCUCGUUAACCCUUCAGUGGUAACGUUAGGAAACAUCUGUUUGUUCUUUUUUAUUCUAACUUUUUUUAUUGAAUUUUUAGUAAC